AAUAAUCGUAAGAAAGACAACGAGUGCGGAAUCUUGGAUAAAAGGACACUACCCUUCCCUGUCUUUGCUCGCUGCCCGAAAAGAACAUACAGAAAACACUUUUACAUUUCACACUUACAGAGAGAGAAAGAGAAGAGAGAGAGAAAGAGAGAACAUUAGGGGGUGGUGAGUAAGAAGAAGAACAAGCUGAGGAGAGAUAAUGGCUCCGAAAAACAAUAGAUGCAAAUGGGGUUCCAUUUUCAUGUUUCUGCUUAGUCUCUCCGUCGCCAUCUCAGUCGCCGUCGCCGACGACAAGGCUCCGCCGGUCGAAGAUGGUUUGGUAAUAAACGGCGACUUCGAGACGUCACCGUCGAGUGGUUUCCCUGAUGAUGGAGUAAUCGAUGGACCCACCGAAAUCCCAAGCUGGAAAUCAAACGGCACAGUGGAGCUGGUUAAUUCCGGUCAGAAACAAGGCGGGAUGAUCCUGAUCGUCCCACAAGGCCGUCACGCCGUCCGAUUAGGCAACGACGCAGAGAUCAGCCAGGAUCUGACGGUCGAGAAAGGCUUUGUUUACUCCGUCACGUUCAGCGCCGCUCGCACGUGCGCGCAGCUCGAAUCGAUAAACGUGUCGGUGGCGUCUGUGAAAGCAGACGCGGAUGAGAUUUUGGCGUCCCGGAACGUGGAUUUGCAGACGCUGUACAGCGUGCAGGGGUGGGACCCAUACGCUUGGGCGUUUGAAGCGGAAGAGGAUCAUGUUCGGUUGGUUUUCAAGAAUCCUGGCAUGGAAGAUGACCCCACUUGUGGGCCCAUCAUUGACGACAUCGCUAUCAAGAAGCUCUUUACUCCUGAUCAACCCAAAGAUAACGCGGUGAUAAACGGAGACUUCGAAGAAGGUCCAUGGAUGUUCAGGAACACGUCACUUGGUGUCUUACUUCCGACGAAUCUCGACGAAGAAACCUCGUCUCUUCCAGGUUGGACUGUUGAAUCGAACCGGGCGGUUCGGUUCGUGGACUCGGACCACUUCUCGGUUCCAGGGGGAAAACGUGCCGUCGAGCUUCUCUCAGGCAAAGAAGGGAUUAUUUCCCAAAUGGUCGAGACCAAAGCGGAUCGUCCCUACUUAUUGACUUUCUCACUCGGCCACGCGGGUGAUAAAUGCAAGGAACCAUUGGCAAUUAUGGCAUUCGCGGGUGAUCAGGCGAAGAACUUUCAUUACAUGGCCCAAGCAAACUCCAGUUUCGAAAAAGUCGGUUUGAAUUUCACGGCCAAGGCUGAUCGAACUAGAGUCGCGUUCUACAGCGUUUACUACAACACGAGGACGGAUGAUAUGAGCUCCUUGUGUGGACCUGUGGUCGAUGACGUUAGAGUUUGGUUCGCCGGGUCGAACAGACUCGGGGCUGGUUUUGGGUUUGGGGUUUCGGUUCUUGUUCUUCUCGUUAUCGGUUUGGUUUAGUAACUUUGUAUUUAGAUGUCCCGGUUUUACACCCGUGUACCAGGAAAAACUGUCAUUGCAACCCAAGAAUUCUUCUGGGAUUUUGUAUGUUUAUCCAUCGGUUUCAAGUACUAGAAAUUCGAAUGCAUUUAUCCUUUAUGCAAAAAGCAAUUAUUGAAUGUAAAACGAGAAUUUUGGUUCAAAAGCUAAUAUUUCUUGGAUAUUUUGACCAGUCUAUCGGUAAACCAAGAAACCAAUGUCAAUUCAAUUUUGUACCGGAG